AUGACUCCAACUUUCACUUCUGAUGUUCCACGCCUGGAGUACUCCCUGCGCACUCGUAAAUUGAGAAUUGGGAUUUUCUGGGGCUUUGUCUUUGUCGAUUCUGUAGCACUGCCCGUUCUCUUGUUCUUCAUAUUAUGGUAUGGCACCGACUUAAAGCACCAAACUGUGUUCGGCAUAAUAACAGCUUUAAUGGGAGGCACAGUAAUAUUAGAAUAUUUUCAACGGUUCUGGCGGCUCUGGAAGAAGAACUCUACAUGUCAGGUUCUUGGCGCGAGUAGGUACUCGUGUGACUUUUUCCAAUGGAACCUAACCUUCAUCCUCGCUGCAAUCAUAGCACUACUUAUUGUCGGCACCUUACCUAAAGAGCCUAUGGUUCGCCUCUUAGCACUACCGCUGCCUACAGUUCUUGCUCUUUUGGGACUGGAGUUAAGUAUAUUAGAACUCUGUUACAUGUGCCAAUGGCGUAGUCCAUUCCGAAUUUCUUCUGUAACUCGAGGACAGGUCGUGCGCCCAUCGAUCUACUUCAUUAUAGAAGAUAUCAUCGCUGUAGAUGGAGAUGGAGCGACUUCUUUCCGAAUCCGUCUCAAUGAAAGAUAUGAGGCAAGCCCCCAUUUUAGGCAAAUGCUUCACAAGUUGUCACUUUUCUGGGCGCUACCAGCCAUACUAGUGGCUUUGGGGACGACAUUUCUGGUUUUCUCGCUAAACAGAGACCUUUCCUAUGUUCUAGGCUGGGUUGUGCCGUUCACAUGGGCUGCGAUAUGGGCAGUUAUUACAAUCAAAUGGGCUCAGCGAGAAUUGAGGAUAGAGCAGAUGCUUUGGGAUCAAGACAUGGUCCGUUUGCAAUACUACCCAUAG